CUUUUCGGUGGCAAUUCCCCAGCAAACAAGCUUCGAGCACCCCAGACAUCUGCCUGUUUGGGCGCUCGACAGGUGCCAUUGAGCACACAGAGUGGCCAACAUGCGUGUAGCAAGCCUCAGAGCAGCCUGCUCUGCUGGUCGACUCGCCCGCCCCGCGCGCCUACCUCGCCCUCGACUCCUCGGCGCCUACGCUACGUCUCCCGCCUGCCACAGUGCGCUGCAGCCUCUCUCAAAGAGGGCCUUCCAUGCCACCCCCGCCGAAGAUGUCCUCGACGCCGAGGGCAAACCCGGCGAGACCGUCGCGCCGUUCCAGCACCUGGAUACAUUUCCGCGCCGCCAUAUUGGGCCCACCACCGCUUCAGUAGAGGACAUGCUCGCAACUUUAGAUCCACCGGCACGCACAUUAGACGAAUUCGUCAAGCAGGUCAUUCCGUCAGACAUCUUGUCCUCCCGCUCCCUUGAGAUUGGCGAUUUGUCUACGCAUGUCCCGAAGGAAUGGAGCUCCCAGGGUACGCCUGAGAAGUCAUUCCUCAGAUUCGCUGAAGCGAUGAUGGCGGAUAAUAGUCCUGGAUCCAGCUUCAUAGGCUGUGGUUACUACGGAACGAAGGUGCCAGAGGUGAUCAAGAGGAAUGUCCUCGAGAAUCCCGCGUGGUAUACGAGCUACACUCCAUAUCAGCCAGAGAUCAGCCAGGGUCGCCUAGAGUCGUUGCUGAACUUCCAGACUAUGGUCUCCGAUCUGACCGGCCUCGCCAUCGCGAACGCAUCCGUCCUCGACGAGCCCACCGCUGCCGCUGAAGCUAUGACCCUGUCCCUCAGCAUGCUUCCACUCUCUCGACAGAAGCGUGCCAACAAGACCUACCUCGUAUCCAGUACAUGCCACCCGCAGACGAUUGCCGUGUUACACUCCCGAGCCGAGGGAUUCGGUAUUAAGAUUGAAGUCGACGACCUCUUGAGGGACGAUUGCAAGAGAAUCGAGGAACUAGGCGAUGACUUGGUGGGGGUCUUGGCUCAAUAUCCCGAUACUGAAGGAGGUGUGCAAGAUUACCGCGGGCUUUCGGAGAAGGUCCACCAGAAUGGAGCCCUGUUCAGCGUCGCAACCGAUCUCCUUGCUUUGACGCAGCUCGUAUCGCCCGGAGAAUUCGGCGCCGACGUAGCAUUCGGCAACGCGCAACGCUUUGGCGUUCCCUUAGGUUAUGGUGGACCCCAUGCGGCCUUCUUUGCAUGUACCGAAAAGUAUAAGCGCAAGAUUCCCGGCCGAUUGAUCGGCCUUUCCAAAGACAGGCUUGGAAAUCCCGCCGCAAGACUUGCUCUGCAGACCAGGGAGCAGCACAUCCGCCGGGAGAAGGCGACCAGCAACAUCUGCACCGCUCAAGCAUUGCUGGCCAAUAUGAGCGCUUUCUACGCCGUGUACCACGGCCCCAACGGCCUAAAGGCCAUAGCGAGGCAGGUUGUAGCCUCGACGCGACGCCUGCAGCAAACUCUCAUCCACUUGGGUUACACUACCGGCCAACGUGCGCGCCUAGAUAACCAACCCGCAGCUUUCGAUACGUUCGUGGUGGCAACCGGAAACAAGACACAGGCGAUCGUUUCUGUCCUGGAGACACAGGGAAUCCAUGUACGGCAGGUUGACGACCAGCAUGUUGGAAUAUCUGUCGACGAAGAUACGAAUAUCCGGACAGUAGGCCAGUUGGUAAGAGUUUUCCGGGACCAUUCUCCGAAAGCUGAUACCAAAAUCGACGGCAAAGUCAAACACGCGGCUGUGGAUGCUGAGCCGCCGGUCGGAUUCAACAGGACGAGUCCUUUCCUCACCCAUCCAGUCUUCAACUCGCAUCACUCCGAGACGGAGCUACUGCGAUACAUAUACCAUCUCCAGUCCAAGGACCUGUCUCUCGUUCACUCCAUGAUACCGUUAGGGUCUUGCACAAUGAAACUAAACGCCACUUCGGAAAUGGCUCCUAUUUCUUUCCCAACUGUCUCGGACCUACAUCCCUUUAUACCCUUGAACAGGGCUAGAGGAUACGCAAAGAUGAUUGCGCAGCUAGAGCAGGACCUAGCCAACAUCACUGGAUUCCAUGCGGUAUCGCUUCAGCCGAAUUCGGGAGCCCAAGGAGAAUUCACGGGGCUGCGGGUGAUCCGGAAGUACCAAGAGCAGCAGCCAGGAAAGAAGCGAGAUGUGUGCUUGAUUCCCGUAUCCGCACACGGGACCAACCCAGCAAGCGCUGCCAUGGCUGGCAUGAGGGUAGUGCCCAUAAAAUGCGAUACUGCGACCGGAAACCUGGAUAUGGCAGACCUUAAGGCGAAGUGCGAGAAGCACAGCGAGGAGCUCGGUGCCAUCAUGAUCACAUACCCCAGCACCUUCGGCGUCUUCGAACCCAAGAUCAAAGAGGUGUGCGAUCUCAUACAUGAACACGGGGGACAGGUAUACAUGGAUGGCGCCAACAUGAACGCGCAGAUUGGCCUGUGCUCGCCUGGCGAGAUUGGGGCUGAUGUGUGCCAUCUGAAUCUCCACAAAACGUUCUGCAUACCCCAUGGCGGAGGCGGACCAGGAGUCGGGCCCAUUGGUGUUAAGGAACACCUUGCGCCAUUCUUACCAGGACAUUUACGCGGUGAAGUAGGCGGUCAGCAGGCGAUUCAACCCGUGAGCGGUGCUCCUUGGGGUAGUGCAAGCAUCCUGCCCAUUAGCUGGGCGUACAUUAAGAUGAUGGGUUCGGUCGGGUUGACUCAAGCCACCAAGAUUACGCUCUUGAACGCAAACUAUAUCCUAUCUCGACUGAAAGCCCACUACCCGAUCCUCUACACCAACGACAACGGUCGCUGCGCGCACGAGUUCAUCCUUGACGUGCGCAAAUUCAAAGAUACGGCAGGGAUCGAAGCCAUCGACAUCGCAAAGAGACUGCAGGACUAUGGCUUCCACGCGCCGACCAUGUCCUGGCCGGUUGCUAACACGCUCAUGAUUGAGCCUACAGAGUCGGAAAGCAAGCAGGAGCUUGAUCGCUUUUGCGACGCGCUCAUCUCGAUCAGGAAAGAGAUUGAGAUGAUUGAACAAGGCAAGCAACCGCGGGACGGCAACGUGUUGAAGAUGGCGCCACACUCGCAGCUAGACCUCUUGGUCGGAGAAUGGGAUCGACCAUACAGCAGAGAGAAGGCGGCCUAUCCAUUGGCGUACCUCAAGGAGAAGAAAUUUUGGCCUGCGGUUACCAGGCUCGACGAUGCUUACGGUGACACCAAUCUCUUCUGCACGUGUGCGCCUGUUGAGGACAGCGAAGAUACGACCGGCACGGGUGCUUCCCACGAUGUCCGCAUUGAGGGCGACAUCUAAUCUCCUCUGUACAUGUUGUGCAUUUGCAGGCCGGGCGAUUUCUUCAACAGCAAGCCAGCGAGGGAGUUUGGGAUCCUUUCAGAUAUGCAUUUCAACGGCGACGAUUCGGUAGAUUUCAGCUUCUCACGAGAUUCAACAUGGUGGGCAGAUAGGCAGAAACGUUUUAAGCAGGCCGCGCUCCUCGGGCUGCAGCCGUCGCGCAUGUUCGACGAUGGUUGAGUUCAUAGCUUUGGUGUGUGACGUCAUCAGCCCGCUGUCGCGUACAGCCUCCCGAACAGGAAGGCGGCGGACCCACUGCUUCUGCGGGGGAGGCUCAAGCAGGAACGGGAACAGGUU